AGUAAAGUACCACAGGACAUGGAGGUGUCUCUGCCGCAGCGUGAGCCUGGAUACUGAUUCAUUGUCAGACAUGGAGCACUUGAUCUGUUGCUAAAACAUCACAAAGGGAAAUAUGGGGGAGAGCAUCGAUGUGAAGGCUCUGAGGGCCCGCUUCAACAACAAGGCCAGCACCUCGGACACCAGCAGCCGAGACAGCGGCUCCCCAAAGUCCCCAAGACCAGGGUUUGGGAGAUCAGUUUUGCCAAUGACUGAGAACAAUCUGUCAAAUCACAGACUGUCCCCUACGGUUCCUCCACCAAUAGCUGGCCCUGGCCUGGGGAGGUUACCCGGGACAGAACAAAUAGUUCCACCCAGACCUGCUUUCUCCCCUCGACCAUCUACCAGUCCUGGAGUCAGAGGAGCAAUCCAGCCGUCAGACACCAGUUGUGUCAAGCAGACUGGCGAGAUGCUACAGAACAUGAUGCUGAGGCACCAGAGACCUCCAGCAGCCAAGCCAGGACCAGUUCCUGCACCAGCACCUCAGGCUACUGCACCUGCUCAUACCUCUAUCCCUCCACCGCGCCAACAGCCGCCCCGGCAGAGGAGCACCGGGGAAGUGACCCCACUGAGAAGGCCCCUGCCCCCUGAAGGACCCCUGCCGCUAAAACCCAGACGGCCCCCAAAUGUUAACCUGGAGCCCUUUAGGAGGUCAAACCGAGGACCGGUCCUUCAUACACCGAGAAAACAGGAGAGUUCUCUGCUCUCAGAGGCCAAGAGGAUUUCUUUACCUGCAAUACCCAAUGUUCCACAGCCACCUCAAAGAUCCAACAAACCCAGCAGGCUACCGCACCAAGUUGCCUCCAUUGACAUUCAGGACACUUAUGAUGACGUUGCAAGCUUUGAGAAAAGUGAGUCCUGGAGUGACAACAGUUCACAGUGUUUGGAUGGGGACGAUGAUGAAGUGUAUGAAUCUAUUGAUGAGGAUCAGGUGGAGGUUAAUCUGGCAAAUGCUAAGAAGAAAAACAAAAAAGAAGAAAAAAGGCAACGGGAGCAGGAGAAGAAAGAACAGACAGAGCGUCGGAAAAAAGAAAAUGAGUUGAGAAAAAACUUUCAGUUGCAAGGGGCGGUGGACAUUAUUCAUACAGCAACUGUCCGGCAUGACUGGCAUGGAGGAGGUAAACUGGACCUUAAUGUACGACAAGGCGAGAGUGUAGAGAUUGUCCGAGUUAAGGAUAACCCAGGAGGCAAAUGGUUAGCUCGCACUCUGAACGGAAACUACGGAUACAUUAGUAACACGUGUGUGGAUAUUGACUAUGAGGCAGUGAAGCGGAAAUUUCUCAAGAGCAGAAAUCCAGAAAUGUCAUCAUUACCACCACCACCUCCAGACCCCCCACUGAUGCUCGCUGUGGAUUCAAAUAACAGGGACAGCAUGAUCGAAGAUGACAAUGACUAUGAUGAUGUUGAAGCAAUGUGUGAGGACUUCCCCCCACCACCGCCUGAAGUCAGCAUAGAUCCUAGAGUGAUUAAGGAACUAAGAAAGAAAUUUAAGUAUGAAGGGACGCUCAACGUGCUGCACACCAUGAUGGUGGAUCCUAAUAGUGUCAUUAAGAAGCCAGGAGCGAAUUAUCUGCAUGUGACUCAGGGAGAAGUUCUGGAUGUCAUUCAACUCACCAACAGCAAGAAAGCUCUUUGUCGUAACCAGUUUGGAAAAUAUGGUUAUGUGUCCAGAUCUCUUCUUCUUCCAAUGGAAGGGGACAUUUAUGAUGAUGUUGACUAUGGAGGCGACAUUUAUGACAACGACUCUCCUCACGCUAAUAAUUGAAACAUGAUCAAGCAAUCGCAUGGACUGACACAGAGAGGGAUAAAUGUGAAGAGAAGGAACUAACUUUAUCAGAAAUAACAAUAAUAAGCAACAUAAAACCAUAAAUCUAAUCAUUUGGAUGAACAUUUUGCCUUAUUUCACUUCUCUACUUGUAUUUAACUAAACCAGAUUUCAAACUGCAAAUACAGCAACACUGGCUUACAAACAUACUCCUACAAAAUAAAAUGAUAAAUACAUAUGCACAUAAGCUUUGCUGAAAAUCAAACUUGUCAUCAUCACACUGUUUGUCAAACUGCUUGUACAGAAAAUGAAUACACUAUACUGUCACUAUGUGUAGUGCUUUAACCCUGAGAUUUUAUCAAAUAAAUGAAAAAACUUUUUUUUCUGGUCAGUGUAUCGUAGUAUGAAAUAUUCUUCUUUUAUGAAAUAAAAUAUUGCUUCAA